GCCUCAACCUUAGAAUGCCUUUACUUAUGUGUCUACAUCUGUGUUGACUUCACAAAGGAACCUUUCAUAUCGCUGUGAUUUUUUUCAAUUACUGUGCUGAAAUGUCUUCAAAUGAACAAGAUUUAUUUACUGAUAAAGUGCAGAUUGUUUUAAUUGGUGCAUCUGGCUCUGGUAAGAGCUGCUCUGGAAACACCAUUUUGGGGAAAAAACUGCUGUCAUCACAAGCAUCUGCAAAGUCGGUGACGUGUGAAUGCCAUUUAAUUGAAGAUAUAAACAAAGGCUGGCAGGUUAAAGUAAUGGAUACUCCAGGCUGGGACUGCACUGAUCUCACUGAAAAUGAGGUUAUGUUGCAAAUAAAACAGGCUAUACAGAAUCUCCAAGGACCUUAUUCUUUUCUCCUGGUCAUACGAGUUGGCUCUAUGGAAACUGAAGAGGAAAUUCGUAAAAUCUAUGGACUUAAAAGUGUGCUUGGACCCUCCUUUAUGGAUCAUACUACAAUCCUGUUUACACGCAGUGAUGACCUUGAGGGUAAAUCUUUUAAGGACUUUAUCGUUGAAGGAAGUAAAGAGUUUCGUGAUCUAUUAAUGCAAUGUGGGAACAGACACCACUGCUGGAACAAUAGAGAUAACAGACCGGAUGAUGCAGUGGAAAUGCUGCUAAAGGAUUUAAAAAGUACAGAAAUGAGGAACACAAUUUCCCAGACAAACAAUGAAGAAGAAAACCUUUCUGUUGUUUCCUCUUAUGGUGACCAACAAGAAGAUGCAGUGACUACCUGCAAGAGAUCAAGAAACACAGCAGGCGUAGAGACAUGUAUGUAUGAAAACCAAAUCAGAGUUUUAUUCCUUGGAAGGAACGGAGUGGGAAAGAUCUCAAGCAUCAAAACUCUCCUUACAUGUUUACAAAGUGAAAUCGGAGGAGGUCCAAUUUAUACAUGUAGUAGCUCUGGACUGAGUCUUAAGCUGGUAAAAUCUCCUGGUUUUGAUGAUAAUGUGGAACAAAUCCAGAUGGCCAUCUCAAAAUCACUGUCUGACUGCUGUCCUGGACCUCAUGUCAUUAUUAUAGUGCUCAACAUUGGGCGAUUCACUCCAGCGGCAGAUACAGCCAUGAAACAUGUACAAGAUUGUCUUGGAGAAAAUGCCAAAAAACACACAAUGAUUCUCUUCACUGGAGCAGAUAAUUUGGAGGGUAAACCAAUUGAAAUCUUCAUUCAGGAGAAUCAGCAACUUAGUGAAUUAGUGAAAAUACAUGAAAACAGAUUUCAUGUGCUCAAUAACAGAGACAUCAGGAAUGAGAUUCAAGUGAAUGAACUCCUGAAGAAGAUUAACAACAUGUAUGAACAAAAUAAUAAAGAAUUUUACACAAAAGGACAAGAAUCUCCGGAUUCUGAUCAACAAAAAGUUUUAACAGGAAUGGACUCUGCAAUGAGCAGCUCAGAUCGUAAUGUAAAUGCUCCAACGACAUUAUAAAAACAAUCAGAACAAACCUGGGCAUAUAAGUAGCUUGGUUUCAUAUCUUACAAGCAGAAGAUGAGCAGAUGAAGAGUAUUUACCCAACAAUAUUGCAGUUAUUCCUGCAAUAUCUUCAAAACAAAUUAUUUUUCUAAUAAUACCUGACACUUGGUCUGUGUUAUUUACUAUAUAUUGCAACAUGUGCUUGAUCCUUUUUGUUGUAUGAUUACUUCUUUUAUUGUGUUGUUAUUUUGAAACCCUAUAUUCUAUCCAGCCUUGUGUUCAAAUGCAAAAGAAUUCUCCUUUGUUCGUCUAUCUCUUUCACUCGGUUCUUCUACUCUGAUAUAAACAAUCUAGACAUAUUAAUUACCUUAUUUUUUUCUUGUAAACCAUUGUUUAUUGCACUUUCUUGUAUUGCUCUAUUAUUAGAAUGUAUUAGAUAUCUUGACUGUAAUGGUUAUAAUUUUCCUGCUUGUCUUGUGAUUAGUGUUUGUAGAUUCCUAAAACUAAUAAGACAUAUGAUUCAGCGAUUCUUUCUGUAUUUGGAGACAUCUCAAUAAUCAGCUAUAAUAAAAAUUCUUUGAAAUAAA